AUGGCACCCUCACAAGAAGAGUCCACGAUCAUGAAGAAGGGGGAAGGAGAGGUCGCAGCGAGCAUUGAGGAGGUCACUGCCACAGCCUCAUGGGAGCCAGAGUCCAACGCGCCACCAGAGGGUGUCAUCGGGCUUUCUAAUGAUGAGUCAGAGGAUUUGAUCACCUCCCUUGUUGCUACCAUCAACACCAGUCCCUAUGAAGCCAGACCUUCCACUCCUUGGGUCACCGUCGAGCCUAACACAAGCGGUGACUUGGAGUUCACCCAAAAGCUCUUUGUCGAGCUAAACUAG